AUGAAGACCCCGCAAGCCUGCGCCCUCCUCUCUCUCGCCCUGCUGGGCGAGGCAUGCCUCCUCCCCGGCGAAGCCUCGGGCGGCCGCAUAGCCCGCCGCCAGGUCACGAACCCCAACAACACGGGCGUCGCCAUCGGCACGGGCGACCGCUUCGACGGCGGCAAGAGGUUCCCUCGCGGCCUCGGCUCCCAGCCCGCCGGCACGAACCUUGAGUCCCUCCUCAACGUCAACGAGAUCAAGAGCGCCGUCCGCGGCCUGGUCGAGGAGUACGACAUUGAGUACUUCGAGUCCCCCUACAAGACGUACCAGAACGCUUCCUUCUUCGGCGCAAAGGUCGGCGGCGCCGGCAACUGUAGCGACGCCUACCGCGUCUACUUCAACGCCGCCAUCCACGCCCGCGAGCGCGGCGCCUCGGACAACAUCAUCUACUUCGUCUCGGACUUGCUGUACGCCAACAAGCACGGCGAGGGCCUCACGUUUGGCGGCCGCACCUACUCCAACUGCGACGUCCAGCGCGCGCUGUCGACGGGCAUCGUCUUCACGCCCCUAAGCAACCCCGAUGGCGUGGCGUACGACCAGGCCACGCACAGCUGCUGGCGCAAGAACCGCAACCCCGCCGCCUCAGGUGGCAACCCGGACGCCGUCGGCAUCGACCUGAACCGCAACUUUGACUUCCUCUUCGACUUCCUCAAGGACUUUGCGCCCACCGUCGGCCCCAAUGUCGCGUCCGAGCAGCCCGGUGACGAGACGUACCACGGCGCCAGCGCCUUCUCCGAGCCCGAGACGAAGAGCAUCAAGUGGGUCAUGGACGAGCACAAAGAGGUGCGAUGGUUCAUGGACAUCCACAGCUACAUCGGCGUCGUGCUGUACAACUGGGGUAGCGACGAGAACCAGCUGCGCAAGCCGUACAUGAGCUUCCUGAACGAGUCAUAUGACGCCGUGAGGGGCUUGAUGCCCGACACGCCUACCACCAACGGCAUCUACGGCGAGUACGUUCCCAGCAGCGACUGGUCGGAUAAGGUGUUCGCGGCGAUGCGUAUGGGAAACGCCAUGGAUGCUGCCGUGGGACGCCACUACGAGGUCCAGCAGAGCGCGUACCUGUACCCGACGUCAGGCGCCAGCGACGACUACGCCUACUCGCGCCACUUUGCCGACCCCUCGCUCGGUAAGAUCCACGGCUUCACCGUCGAGUUUGGCUUCGGCAACGACGAGGUCGAGUGCCCGUUCUACCCAACCCCCGACCAGUACCACCAGAACCUUCUCGAGACGAGCGCUGGCUUCAUGGAGUAUCUGCUCGCUGCAGCUGAGAUUGGCAUCGGCGAGCCGACUUCCUGUGCGGCGUGA